AUGGCUCAGUCUCCAGAACCGCAGAGCCUCACUGGCCUCCUCUUCACUCCUCAAGUCUUCCCCUUCUUCAUCCUCGCCGUCAUCUAUGCCGCCAUCAAGAUCAUCGACCGCACCGAUAUCCCCAAAAUCAAAGGUUUACCCGAGGUUCCUGGUGUUCCCAUCUUUGGCAACCUUCGACAGCUCGGCGACAACCAUGCCGUCAAUGCCAUGAAAUUGGCCAAGAAGUAUGGACCCGUCUUCCAAGUUCGAUUGGGAAAUCGACGGAUCGUGUUUGCCAACACAUUUGACAGCGUGAGGAACCUGUGGAUCACGAAUCAAUCAGCUUUGAUCUCCAGACCAAAGUUGCACACCUUCCACACGGUCGUCUCCUCCAGCGAAGGCUUCACCAUUGGAACCUCACCAUGGGAUGAAUCCUGCAAGAAACGCCGCAAGGCCGCCGCCACCGCUCUCAAUCGUCCCGCCGUUCAAUCCUACAUGCCCAUCAUCGACUACGAAUCCAUCAAGUCGAUCAAAGAAAUGCUGCAAGACUCCCAACAAGGUCAAAUCGACAUCGAUCCCAACCCCUACUUCCAACGUUACGCUCUCUCCACUUCCCUCACCCUCAACUACGGCAUCAAAAUCGAAGGCAACAUCGACGACGGCAUGCUCCAAGAAAUCGUCCACGUCGAACGCGAAGUCUCCAACUUCCGCUCCACCGCCACCAACUGGGCCGACUACAUCCCCAUGCUCCGUCUCCUCCCCGGCGGCUCCGACAAACCACUCGAGUACAAGAAACGUCGUGCCGCAUACAUGCACAAGCUCCUCGGUAUGCUCAAGUCCCGCAUCGCCGACGGCACCGACGCCCCGUGCAUCUCCGGCAACGUCCUCAAAGACCCGGAAGCCAAACUCACUGACGCAGAAGUCAUGUCCAUCGGUCUGACCAUGGUCUCCGCCGGUCUAGACACCGUGCCAGGUAACCUGAUCAUGUGCAUCGCCUACCUCUCCUCCCCUCACGGCCAAGAAAUCCAAUCCCGCGCUCUCGCCGAGAUCCAAAAAGUCUACCCCAACAACGACUCCUGGAAACGCUGCCUCCACGAGGAGAAAUGCAGCUACAUCACCGCUCUCGUCAAGGAAACCCUCCGCUUCUGGUCCGUCAUCCCCGUCUGCCUCCCGCGAACCUCCACCAAACCCAUCCAAUGGGAGGGAGUCACCAUCCCCGCCGGCACAUCCUUCUACAUGAACGCCUACGCCGCCCACUACGACGACUCCCACUUCUCCUCCCCCUUCGACUUCAACCCGGACCGCUACCUCGCCGACGACUCGAUCGACGACGCGGCGGCGAGUCGGGGAACUCCGCAUUAUGGAUAUGGAGCGGGAAGCAGGAUGUGUAUUGGCAGUCACCUGGCGAAUCGGGAAUUGUACACGGCUUUCUUGAGGAUGAUUACGGCGUUUGAGAUUUUGCCGCCGAAGAGGGAGAGUGAUCGACCGAUUCUGGAUGCGAUGGGGUGUAAUAAAUUGCCGAAUGGGUUGACGAUGGAUCCGAAGGGUUUCAAGAUUGGGUUGAGGGUUAGGGAUAAGGGGGCGUUGGAGAGGUGGAUGAGGGAGGGGGAGGAGAGGACGAGGAGUUUGUAG